GUUUUGUGUGUGUUUUUUUGCUGCCAUUUUUCCGUCAGUGAGCCUCCUCCUUGCUUCAGACAUGACCCAGCAGCUCCCGGCCGGCGUGGCAGCGGCGAUGCGCUGCUAAAAGGCGGCCAUGGAAGGACGCUGCAGCGCGAUGGAGUCCUCUUGGCGUCCCGUCCUCGUCCUCGUCUUGGCCGCCAGCCUGACGUGCUCACCUGCCUGCGCCGACACAACGUUCGGUUGCUUGUUUGAAGACGACUUCUGUGGACCGUAUGAGUUCUGUUUCAAUGAUGGAGUGUUUGGAAGGUGUCAGGAGCUGACUGCUGCCCAGCCGCUCAACACCUACGAUGUUUCUUCUUCCAGCCUGAACAGACUCACCAUGCUCCUGCACAAACUGGCUCUCAGAGGGCUGACAUGGCAAGAUGACCUCACCCAGCAGGUGAUCUCCAGGGAGCUCUCCAAGCUGAGGAGCGUGCCCCUCGGCCAUCCGGCGUCGGCGCCCCUCGUGCCCUACGGCGGGGCCGCAGACAGGAAGGUGACGCCCGGGCAGGCGGCGCUGAGCCGCAACCUACAGCAGCUCCUGAAAGGCGUCCACUUCCUGCCAGUCCAGCAGGACACAGGUGGCACUCAGAAUGAAGACAUUGCGUACGACGAACCAAAGACCGGCUGGAAGCAGACCGGAGUGUACAGCGUUCAGAAAGGAGACCAGGCUCCUGUCACCAAAGUCUUCUCUCACAGCGGCCAGGGCAGACACCCUGACGACAACAAAGCCCUCUCCAACCACCUGGACCAGCUCCUAGGAGGAGGACUCUCGGGGCCCCAGGCUUCAUGGCCCAAAGGAAAGCUCCGCUACCUGAGCUACGUGAGACCACCUCCACGUGACCAACAGGUGGCUUUUGGCUCCAAAUCUCCAAAGACCAAUUCGAACCACCUAUUAUUCAAGAGCGUGCCAAGCCAACUGAGCGGCAAAAAGCAUCUGGAUGACACACUCCAGGAUAUGCUCAAGCAUUUUGGAGGGCAUGGCUUCAACAUGGACACUUGGAUGACCAAAGACCUGGACCAGCUGACGGAGGUCAUCUCCGGAGCUCUGCCGGCAGCCGACGCCAGGAAGAUAGAUUCUGGUGCCACACCUGGAGGUCCAGGAGCCUCCCAUUCAAAUGGCGUCAUGGAAACUAACCAGGAGCAAUUGGUUGCUAUGGAACCAGUUGGAAGCAACCAAGGCCCGAGUGGGAAAUGGGACAAGGAGCUGAAAGACACAUUGAAAUUCCGACAAGGGCAACCAGAAGACGGACCAGACAAAGUGCCAAUUGACAAGCAUACGGCCAUCUUCUCCAAGCUCCUGGACUAUCUCAACACAGACAAGUUUGGCGAUGCCCCGCCAGUGAAAAGCGGGCCAGCACCUGGUCCCAGACCAAAUGUGGUGGGCCUGGAGAGCGUCCGGAGCCGCACGAUGCAGACCCAGGCCGCCGCCGCCCCUCACGGCUGGGAGGAGAAGAGCGUGUCGGCGCCCGUUGGGGACGGCUCCACCUUGCGUUUGACCAGCGGGGCGGCGGGGCCUGACGCCCACGUGGACUCGGAGAUGGACAGGUGGAUGCAAAAGCUUCAGACACCCGCCGGGAAGAAGGCGCCGGAAGAAGCGGCCGAGAAGGACGUGAGAGUGAAAAGUCAGCUGGUCCAUGUGGGAGUGAAGGAGUUCUCCAGCAGAGGGAAGGACAGACACUUUGGCUACAUCAUUACCAGCUCAGACUCACUCACCUCUGACCAGGCCUUGGAUUUGAUGGAGCGGCUCACGCAGCAGUUGGACCUCCACGCUUCAGAUCUCACCCAGCUCACGGUCCUGGGUCCUGCCUUGACAUUCAGAGUCGGCCACAACCCUGAGAAUGUGACCACGGCAGAUCUGGUGCAGAUUGCAGUGCAGCGGAAGCAGCAGCUGGAGAAGGAGACUGGCCUGAAGAUAGUGGAGGCUGGUGUCAGUGACAGGGGCAGCCUGACCCAGAUCCCCGUGGUGAAGGAGACCCGGGUGGAGUCUGGCCAGUUGGUGGUCCUCUCCGUCCUCUGCAUGCUCUUCAUCCUGGUGGCGCUGGCCGUCUCCGCCACUUUCUUCUGCGUGCGCCAGCGCUCUCACGUCUACAGGAAGGAGAAGCUCUCCAGCUUGGGGACUGACACCGGCGGCGAUGCCACGGCAACCUAUCAGGAGCUGUGCCGCCAGCGUAUGGCCAUCCGGGCGUCGGAGCGCGUGGAGCGUCCGGAGACGCUGCGCCACUCGCGGCUCAACAGCGUGUCGUCCCAGUUCAGCGACGGCCCCGCCGGCAGCCCCUCCACCCGCAGCAGCACCUCCUCCUGGUGCGAGGAGCCCGUCCCGUCCAACAUGGACAUCUCCACCGGCCACAUGAUACUGUCGUACAUGGAGGACCACUUGAAGAACAAGAACCGUCUGGAGCGCGAAUGGGAGGCCCUCUGCUCCUACCAGGCGGAGCCCGGCAGCUGCAGCGUGGCGCUGGGCACAAAGAAGAACCGUUCGGACGCCGUGCUGCCUUAUGAUCAUUCCAGGAUCACCCUGAAAGCGAAGAAUAACCACAGCGGCUCCGAUUACAUCAACGCCAGUCCAAUCAUGGACCACGACCCUCGCAACCCCACUUACAUCGCCUCACAGGGCCCACUUCCCUCCACCGUGGCUGAUUUCUGGCAGAUGGUGUGGGAGAGUGGCUGCGUGGUCAUCGUCAUGCUCACCCCCGUCUCGGAGAAUGGCGUCAAGCAGUGCCACCAUUAUUGGCCGGAUGAGGGAUCCGAUGUCUACCACUUCUACGAGGUGAACCUGGUGUCCGAGCACAUCUGGUGCGAGGACUUCCUGGUUCGGAGCUUCUACCUGAAAAACCUACAGACCAACGAGACGCGCACCGUCACGCAGUUCCACUUCCUCUCCUGGACCGAGCGCGGCGUUCCCGCCACGGCACGCUCGCUGCUGGACUUCCGCAGGAAGGUCAACAAGUGUUACCGGGGUCGAUCUUGCCCCAUCAUCGUUCACUGCAGUGACGGAGCCGGCAGGAGUGGGACGUACAUUCUGAUUGACAUGGUCCUCAAUAGGAUGGCCAAAGGUGCUAAAGAGAUUGAUAUUGCCGCUACCCUGGAGCACUUGAGAGACCAGAGAGCCAGCAUGGUCCACACAAAGGAGCAGUUUGAGUUUGCACUGACCGCCGUGGCCGAGGAGGUGAACGCCAUCCUCAAGGCGCUCCCUCAGUGAAGGCGGUCCACUUCACCACCAUGCCGUCGUCUUACACCCCCUCCUCUUCUUCUCUCUCUCUAUAUAUAUAUAUCA